GUUCGUUCGUUCGUUCGUUCGUACAAUGGGCGAAUUCUAACGACCGUGAUGAUGACGGAGGUGGUGACGUAGUGCCUCACUUCUCUGUAUUGGCAUCAGAGCCGAAUUUGAAACUGAAGAAACUCCGGACAAGACAAGAUUUGAAUCGCAGAAUCCCAAACCGAUUUACCUCAGUAUGAACUAGCCAGACGAGCGUGUUUACUCUUCGUUCAGCUUCAUUCAGGCUUUAUUACCGAUAGUUUGUCAGUUGAACUAAAGCUGCUGUUGUUCGCGUGAGAAGAGGAAGAGGGUGUCAGUUCUAACUUGUUAGUGUCGUGAUUUUGUCCUACGUGAAAGGAAGCGCUGUUGGUCGGUUUGUAUUUUGAACAAAAUGAGACGGAUCUCCAUGUACGUUCGUAUACAUAAAGGUUAGAGUUUAAGCGUUUUGCGGAAUCGUUUAGGGCUAACUUAAAUGAGCUAAUCUGCGCUAGCUAGAUGUUCUUAGCAUCAGUUGUCGUGCUCAAACUGAACUCACUUUAGCUAGCACGUUAAGUGAAUUCAUUCAUUGGCAACACUUUCUGGAUAACCGCGGCGGGGUUCUGUGUCGUUCUGAAGGUGUUUCAACGUUUCAAGAGGCCGGUGGCUGUGGGUGUUUUUUUUUUUUCCUGGUGGGGACUCUGAACAUGAGCAGAGUGUUGUUGAAGUGAUAAAAGCAGUCUGCACUCUUCACUGGACACUCGCUGGUGGUGAUGGCCCGGAGGAGACUGGACAGUCGCAGUGGAUCCUCGGUUCUGCUGUCAGAGAUCCACACUCACAUCCACACGGAUCCUCUGGAUGCCGUUUUUGACAUGAGCCACGAACUUGGCAGGGGGAAGUUUGCAGUGGUGAAGCGCUGUGUGGAAAAGGCCACAGGGAAAGUCUUCGCUGCGAAGUUCAUCAAGAAGCGGCGACGAGGUCGCGACUGCAGGGCGGAGGUCAUUCAUGAGAUUGCCGUUCUAGAGUCAGCGAAGAACAACCCUCGUGUGGUGAACCUGUAUGCUGUAUAUGAGACCGAUCACGACCUCGUCCUAAUGCUGGAAUAUGCGGCGGGUGGAGAGAUAUUUGAUCACUGUGUGUCAGAGGAGCUGCUUCCUGAAGGUCAGAUCACCCGUCUGAUCAGACAGAUGCUUGAGGGUGUUCAUCUACUCCACCAGAACAGCGUGGUCCACCUGGACCUGAAGCCCCAGAAUAUUCUCUUGACCAAUCUGAGCCCACUGGGGGAUAUAAAGAUAGUGGAUUUUGGGUUGGCUCGCCGGUUAGGCUCUGCUGGGGAGCUCAGAGAGAUUCUGGGAACCCCUGAGUACGUAGCCCCUGAGAUCCUGAACUAUGAACCAAUCACCACAGCAACAGACCUCUGGAGUGUGGGUGUGAUCGCCUAUAUGCUGGUGACAGGAGAGUCUCCCUUCGCUGGCGAGGAUAAACAGGAGACCUUCCUAAACGUAUCCCAGGUGAACGUGGACUACAGCACAGAGGCCUUUUCCAGGGUGUCUGAGCUGGCUGUCGACUUCAUCCAGAAACUGCUGGUCAAAGCUCCAGAGGAUCGUCCCAGUGCAGCCGACUGCAUGACCCAUCCCUGGCUGUGGAUCCACUUUCCAGGUUCUGAUCCAGUCCCUGCGACCCCAUGCACUCCCCGGGAAAGGAGUUUCGGGGGCAAGUGGUCCGCGCCACCCGAGGAUCCUGAAGACAAAGAGAACAUUCUGGACUCGCCACAUGCCAAGAGGUUUCGUUUUGAGGAGGACAUGUCAGCCACGGCCGACAGUGACCACUUAUGCUGAUCCUAAAGGGAAAUGCACUUGCACCCAAUAGCAUUAUCACAAUUUUGGUCCUUGAGUACAUUCCCCCACAAACUUGCUUCUUUUUCAGCAUCCUUUGGUUGACCAAAGAUGAUCUUUUCACAAAAGGGCCAGAUCUGGUGUAAUAUUAAUACUAUAGUAGUGAGAAUCUAAAUAUCUAUGUUGCUGUCCUGUCUCAAGAUUUUUGUUUUUCCUGUCAUAUUUGGGUUUUAAGUUAUUAAUUUGAAUAUAUUUUUUAUUUUAAUCUCCAUUCAAUAUCAGUGUAAUUAUUCUGCAGAUUUUAGCCCAUAUUAAUCUAGACACUAAUUCCAUUACUGCACUUAAAGCAACAAAAAGCUAUUUAAAAAAGACACGCUUGAGAGCAGCAGGGCAUUCAGUGGUUUUUAAUUCUGCUUAAAUGAAAGAUUUCAGUCUUUGUUCUCUGUGUCUCAGAGUCAGAGGGAGUUCGGGUUGUAUGAUUAGACCUUGUUCAUUCAGAAACACCUCAUGAGACUGUCUCUGUUGAAAAGGUUCAGUACUGGAAUGCCCUCGGUGUAUGGGUGUGUGUUUUGACUUACAUCCUCUCCUUUCGUGUGGUAUUGACACAUUAGUGGGCUCUUUAAAAAUGUGACUCAACACACACACACGUACAACACACCCUGGAUUACACAAAUAUGUGUUUGUAUUGGUCAUAGAACUUCCUUCUAGAGAAUGACUAAAGAAAAUCAGGAAAGCACUUAAACCCUCUAUUAUAUGUGUUUCUGUGACAAAAAUAUGAGAAAAUAUUUGUAACAGUGAGUCUAUCUAUGGUUUUUAAAAUCAUUAUUUUUUUUUUUAAAUAUUUCUUUUUCCUGCCAACAUAUUGUAUAAUAAACUGUUAAGUUGUACCAAUCUAGCAUUCUCCUAUGGCAGGCGCCUAAUAUCUCAAUGCCUGUGAUGGCCUAUGAUAUACAUAAUCUUAAAAUGACAGUUUUUAUCUAUGCACCAAUCUGAGGUAAUUCAGGGUUUUGUUACCUUUUUUGUACAGGUGUUUUUAGGCUAAUGCCAUUAACUGAUGAAGGUUUCUGUACUCAUUCAUUCCGAGCCUUAUUCUCAGGGUUAGCUGUAACUGCAGUUUACCGUGUAUUUCUCGAGUGCCUUUGUGCGGAUUCUUUCCCUCUAUGCUUGAGCCGUACAGCCUCACUUGAUCUCAUGUAAUACCAGUGCAGCACAUUUAUGUGUAUGUGUUAUUAACAUUUGCCAUGUUUUAAUUGAGAUACUGGUACACCCUUUAAACUGAUGGCCUAGUGUAUUUAAAGUAAAUUAUUUGUAUGGACUUAAGGGGGAUACAUAGAUUCAAUGCAUUUUAGAAAGGAAAACUGUGUUAAAGUUAUAUUUAUGGUCUUUGUAUAUGUAGGGCAUGAGAAGAUGGGCUGUUAUUGUUGAAAUUGUAUGGUUGCGUCAGAUAGUGAAGCGAGUUUGGAUGUAAUGAAAGUACGGAGUGUGAAUUCUGGAAUAAAGGACACGUGAAUGUUAUUGUGAUGGAAAAUAGUUUGGAAGAAGAUUUGUGCACAUCAGAAAGUGUGCAGAAAUGCAACAUAUGAGGGUUAGUGAAAAUAUAACAAGAACAGCUGAUGGUUUAUUGGUUUAAUAUAAUUGACAGAUUUUCUGAACUGGAAAUGUUAGUAUUGCAGAAUUUAGUCUUGAAGGUUGAGCCCUUCAGUUAUUGUUCUGUUUAAAGAGGUGUGUGUGUGUGUUUGUGUGCACAGGCCUUACGGUUUCCCAGAGAUGUCACCAGUCUGCAAUCAUAAUAGAGCUAUUGUCUCCGAAGACGAGAGGCUCUUGUCACGGUCGUGUGCUCACUGUAUGCCGUCAUCUUAAAGGAAAACAUGAAUCUAUUCCUUGCCUGGGAAACAGCCUCAAUGAGGUAUUUGAAGCUGCAAAAUAGGCCAGACUUUGGAGUGCAUUUCAGAGCAGUGACUGGGGUAUUUGCAGAAAGCUUGUGACAAACUUUGUAAAGACACUUUACGGGAUAACUUUGUUGAUUGUCUUACUAUCUUAUAAACUGAAAAUGGAAGAUGCCCACGAUGAAAACUGUAUUUUGAGGCCUAUGUACAAUAAGAAAUGACGUUCAACUGUAUUACAAAUUCUAAUAAAGCCAUUGAGAGUCUAGA